ACUUUCAGUUCUCAUUGGUGACAGUAGUGUCACAAGAAGAAAAAAAAAAUAAAAAUCUUGAGUUUUGGGAAGAGAGGGUGACGAAAAAAAUGAUCCGAAAUCAUCCAUCCCAAAACCCCAAUGCUUCUGCAACUUCUUCUUCUUUUUCAUCUCCAUCAUCAAACUCUGAUUCCAGGCAUCGCAACCAUGCCACCACACAACCCAAUUGGAAUCGCAUUUCUAACAGACCGCAAAGAGUUCCACUGGAAGAGCUUGUUGCAACUACUCAAUCCAUUGUUGGAACUUGCCCUUUUAUGUGCCCAGAAAAAGAGAGAAGCCAACGUGAGCGGCUUCGAGAUCUUGCUGUAUUUGAGAGGCUGGAUGGAAAUCCGAUGAAGUCAUCUUCUAGCCUCGCAGUUAAGAAGUUUUGCAGAACUAUAUCAGUAAAAGAAGUACACGCAUCAGAUAUACGCCCUCUGUCAGUUCUGGAGGAUACAUUAGAUUACCUUAUGAAGUUGUUGGAUUCAUCAGAUCGUUCUUUUCUAGUUCUUCACGAUUUCAUCUUUGAUAGGACAAGGUCCAUAAGACAAGAUCUCAGCAUGCAGAUUAUCAACAAUGAUCAAGUCAUCUGCAUGUACGAGAAAAUGGUUAGGUUUCAUGUCACCUCCAACCACAAGCUAAGAAGAUGUGAGGAUGACACCACCAUUUUAUCUUCAAUCCAUCAUCUAAAUAUGGAACAGCUCACAAAGUGCCUUGCAUCACUAUAUAACCUCUAUGACAUCAACCGAACUUCAGAUUCUGUUUUUGACAAUGAGGCUGAAUUUCGAUCUCUAUAUGUCCUCCUUCACCUUGAAACUCACAGCCAUUCAACCGGUGAGUCUCUAUCUUCGUGGUUCUCUCGCCUAUCUUCAUCUAUUAUUUGCUCAAAGGAGAUGUGCUUUGCGCGGAGAGUAUUAAGGUUUUUUCGGAUGGGCAAUUUUUGGCGUUUCUUUCAUACUGUAGCAUCAGAGGCAACUAACCUGCAGUUAUGCAUUAUUGAACCUUACAUCAUGGAGCCUGAAUAUAUCUGCUUCCUCGACAAAGUUAUUCAGAAUGGGUUAGUUGAAAGCUGUAUAACAGGUGCAGAGGUUCGAGCACUUGCUGUAGCGUGUAUAAAUUCCAGUGGUUAUAAGCUUCAUCCCUAUCCACUAACAUUGCUUUCAAAGAUCUUGAUGAUAGAGGAGUUGAAUCUGGAAAGCUUUUGCAACGCUUGUGGUCUGCAUACCUCUCAAGAUGAUAUGGGGAAUAAAGUCUUACCCACCAAGCAAACUGGUUUUUCCCAUCCCAAGGGAGGAUUUCAGUGCAAUGUUUUUCAGUGGUUGGAGCUGGUGGAGAACCCCCAAAAUAUCAGAAACGGGGCUGCUCGUGGGUGCAAAUUCCACAAGGCUCAAGUAGGUAUCAAAUGUCGUAUGAACACCUCACCAACAAUAGAUUUCACCAAACAAAGCUCAUGGCAAUAAACCACAUAAGACUCGCCAAGUAGAAGUGUGGAACCAGUAACCACCAUGCACCAUGAUCAUCCCCGACACAAACACACAUAUGCGGAUAGUCUCAUUUUAUUUAUUUAUUUAUUUUGUUUUAUCAUAUUAAUUAUCAUAUCGGCUUCUUUUUAUUCUCUCCUAAGCUAACCUCACUUCAAAACAAAGGUCACCUUGCAUUCGGGUGCAUUUGCCUUGUCGUCUUUUGUAAGGUGUCUAACAUGUUUUGUGAGUACACUGUUGUAUAUAUGUUGGUGGAUUCUCUAAGUUAACUCCCAAGUCUUAAAUUUUUAUCGUGUAUCAAUAGAUAUUUUGGAAGGAGUGUGAGUUUCGAUUAAGUGAGUGUAACAAUUUGUUAUCUUGACUAUCCUUAUAAAAAAAUGGAUACCUUGCAAGUUAAAACAGUCCUCCUACUUUCAGGGAGAACUACUGAAAUGAUGUGCUAAAAUGACCCCUGAUAUUUGUUGUAU